UUCUGUGUUUUUCUCUUUGAAAGUUUACUCGCGAUCACCUGACGACGAGUGUCGACGCAAUUAUCGAGGGAUUUACGUCGAUGAGUCCGGGAUAACGGAUCGAUCGCGUGAUUGGGAUGCUAGUAAAUUUCUUGAUCGCUCUCGAUCCAUCACCUGGCAAACAUACACUAUGUCCUAUAUCAAGCUGCACAGCUGGACCCGCAUUUGUCUACGAGUUUAGCGACGCGCAAUUAUGCAACGCGUACGUACACAGAGACACGUCGUCGAUCUCUUUGACGUAUCGCUCACGCUCUUAUCGUUCGAACGGGUUCUCGAGCGCGAUCCUUAAAAGCCCCGGCGAGUCUUAGAUCCGGGCCAGUCAGUCUCGAUACCGACGGCACCUGCAUCAUGAAGCUCUUCGCGCUCUCCGGAUCGCUGCUGCUGCUGCUGCUCCUCGCCCACCGAGCUCUGGGGCAGGAGGAAGACACUAGCGUAGCGGUUGAACCCACGGAUGUGACCACGGAAGCGCCCACGGAAGUGCCCGAAACGACCGUGUCGGAGGUGAACGAGGACCCGAGCACCACCGGGUCGCCAGUUUCCACAACCAGUGAACGACCUAGACCACCAACUAGUGAACGACCCAGACCACCACCGCCACCACCCCCACAUCACUGUCCGCCUCACCACGGAGGACAUCACGGACAUCACGGACAUCACCACGGACCUCCACACGGACACAGGCCGCACCGACCUCAUCAUCACGGACGUCCCGGUCACCAUCACCAUCACAGAGGACCUAUGACUCUAAGUGAGGAGUCCAUGAUCGAGGUAACCCGUUACCUAGCUCCUGACCAGCCUGAGCCACCACGUCAUCCCGGCAGACCUCAGCCACCGCGUCGCCCCGUCGACGAGUCCAGGUCGUCGUCGGAAUCGGGCUCGAGCGAGUCAAACUCGUCGUCUCAGGAGUCCAGAGAGUCCGAAGAAUGACUAGCCAUGCUAGCUCUCUUGCUUUGAUUGUAUUACCAUAAUUGUGAACACGAAUAAAUAACAUAACAUAAUGAGA